AUGAGCACAACUGUCAAGCUUAGCACUGAUGUGUCUGGGAAAAAUGUUGAACAAUCCUUGUACAGGAGCAUGAUUGGGAGUUUAUUGUAUCUCACUGCGAGUAGACCUGACAUUGUGUUUAGUGUUGGGGUUUGUGCUAGAUUUCAAGCAAACCCCAAAGAAUCACAUCUUGUAGCUAUCAAACAUAUACUUCGGUAUGUGAAUGAGACAGUUAAUUAUGGGAUUUGGUACUCUAGAGACUCUAAUACUGUGCUUGCGGACUAUUCUGAUGCUGAUUGGGCCCGUAAUGCGGAUGAUAGAAAAAGUACUUCUGGUGGGUGCUUUUAUGUAGGCACUAAUCUUGUAGCUUGGAUGAGCAAAAAGCAAAAUUCCAUUUCCUUAUCCACAGCUGAGGCUGAGUACAUUGCCGAUGGGAGUUGUUGCACACAAUUGUUGUGGAUGAAACAAAUGUUAUGUGACUAUGGCAUUACUCAAGGUGUAAUGAGCAUUUAUUGUGAUAAUACUAGUGCCAUAAACAUUUCAAAAAAUCCUGUCUAA